AUGCCGCCUCGCCCGUUUCCCUACCCAUUGAAAAUAGGGACCGAUAUUUGCUCCAUCCAACGAAUCCAAUCUAUCUUGACAGCCAAUGUUCGUCGAGAAUGCGAAGGAUCCAAGUCACGAGAGCCAUUGAAAAGGUUUCUAUCUAAGAUAUUCACGUACCCAGAAUGUCAAUUUUUCUAUGAUCGCUUUGGUCCAGUGGAGGCAGCCUACAACAAUAUCGGGCAAGUGUCCCAGUAUCUAGCGGGGCGAUGGGCUGCCAAAGAAGCUUGCCGAAAGGCAUGCGGUCACCUUGGGAAGUCUAAUGGCCUCCACUCGAUCAUGAUAUUACCGUCGAACUCUUCCAGCCAGCAAAAGGGUGGCCCGCAAGGCUUGAUCCUACGUCACCGCCUACCGUCUCGACCCCCACAUCCAUCCGACGCCACAUCGUCCUCUACAGAGUUGGAGCGUACUGUAUUCAACAUCGAAGAUGUUGAAGGGCAAUUUUGCGAAGUCAGCAUCACACAUGACGGGCAAUACGCACAAGCUGUAGCUUUGGUGCCAUCCGUUCCGAAGGAAUGGUGGCAAGCGUCCUCCAAUGCAGCAGCAGAUGUCGAAUCCAAAUUGAACACAGGAAAUACUUCGAUGGACCCCUCCGGUGUUGAAUAA